GCCAAUCAGAUUCUCUGUUUCAUUUGUGUUUGGGCUAAACUCGAAUGACGUUAUCGCGCGUGACAAAAAUUUUCUUUAGUCAGCCACAAGCACAAGAAUCACCGGCAGUGUUCAAGUUUGGGAGAUUUAUCCAACGUAGCUCGGAUUUUUAGCUUUAAAAACAAUGGGUAUUGAACAGCUUCUUGCUGCAGCAAAGUUACUAGAAGAACAAGAAGCGAGUAAGUGAAAUUCCGACCCUCCAAGCGCUUGCUGAGGUCUCCAAUAGAUGCUUUCUGUCGUCGUCACUGACGAUGCAUGUAUUUCAGUUCUGACUCUACAACUAUUUUGUUUUCAUGUGCUAGUUGACAAGCGGCUACGAACGCCUGAUAAGAAAAGUAGGAGACAAAAUAAACGUUCACCAAGCUACAGGUAAGGAAAAUGAACUUGUUUAACUAGUAUCUUCACGUAAUACAACGGAUUAAUUGCCAACGAAACGUUUGCCUGUUCGGCUGUUCCUGUGUCUUGUGUUUACUUGUGGAUUGAAAUAUGCACGCCAAAAUGUGGCUGGGUUUUCAUAACAGUAAGCGACCGAAAGUCUCGCCUGUUCAGUGCAUUACACUCAAAUGUGUUUAAUUGUGGAUGAGGAGUACCUUAAGCAAACGAAAUUUGAAUACUAGUCUGUAACUCGAGAAAGUUCGGCGGUCCGCUGUCGAAGGACAUAGCUCCAUCUUGGGGGGCUUCCCCUGAGCAUUCUUUCUAUCUAUUUUCUCGGUAUUUAUGGAUAUUAUGUCAUGAGAUUUUUAAAACUUCCUUUCCCAUUUUGCUCAUUCUGUUUGUGAGCCAUGCUUUGGUUCUUUUUAUGCUACUCUUGGGUUUAAUAAAACUCUGAAUACAGCCAGAUGGCGUCUUGCUUGGGUCUGCUUGAUUACCAUACAUCACGCUGGGAAAGGCAUAGUACGAAUUGUUUACUAUCUUCGCUUCUCUUGCACAUUAAAACAUUCCCAAGCAUUCAAGAGUAAAAGAGCACUCGAAAUAGCCUUUAAAGCAAACAUAAGUUAUCAAUUCGAGGUUACUGGAUUUUUUUGCAAGUUUGAUCUCGCGGUCUCCAUAUUGUUUACUUUCUAAUUUUGUUUUAUUUCUGCAAUUUUUAGCCGCUCGACACACAACCAACUGGAGAAAAACAGGUACGGUUUCGAGAUGGAAGAAUAUUGACAAUGAGCAAAUACAGGAAACUUUAAAGUCUUUAUUGGAUUUUGAAAAACCACGAGUGCUUUUUCCAUGCCACGUGUGUGGGUAGUUAAAAAUUCGCACGUGUCCUGUUGUCGGCCAGUUCACCUGGCGAAAUUCAUUCUGCUGCACGUUGAAAUAUAAACAAAAGAAACAUUAAUAAAAACGAUCUUGUAUGUAUAUAUUUAAGCAUGGCCAAACGUGUUGGUUCGUGCCUAAAACAUGCACAUGAAACUGGAAAUUUGAAGGAAACGGGAGUGCCAAAUCUGACGUUUGUAAGGCAUCUUCACGUCAAAUGUAAACCCCGGAAAAGGGGCGAUGCUAUAUGUGUUUGGCUUCCGGCCUUAUUGAUUUUAUAUUUUGUUUUUAAUAUUGCUUUAUUGUCUCAGCGUUCGCAUUUAAAAACAGCUCAUUUCGCACAAUUCUGUACACGAAUUAUGUACAUUUUCAUUGGAAAUUGACAACAUGAAAUUGACAACAUGAAAUUGACAACCCUCAAAUCGACCAGUCGUCUGAAAUCGACAAACGUGAAAUCGAUAAAUUUGAAACGGGUAGCAGAAAGCUUACAUCGCAUUUCGCACCUGUUGUGGUCUAGUAUUUUUAGUUCUUCCCGAAGUGCUGUCCAAUCCACAAAGCUCUAGACCAGUGUUUAAAUAUGACUUAUAAAAAAUAAUACAAAUCUGACCACAAUAUAUCGCGCGUGUCACGAAUAAAAAUUCGACAUUUGUCAAUUUGAAUAUUUUGCCGGUGUCUGUUGUGUAUACCUCCAAUGUCAAUGAACUGGUUUCCCCAUAUAUAAAACACUAAACCACUAGUUUGACAAAUGAGAAAUAUUAGUUCUUUUAGUAUUGCAAACCAAGCAUGAGUUGAGCCAGUCAUAUAUGAAUUUUUUAAUUGGGAAUGUUUGGCCAAAUUUGCCAAGCAGAGGCAUAAAAUUAAAGCAAGCCAGUCCGGGAGGCCAAACUUGACUGAUAUGUGGCAAUAUUUUACAACAUGCUGUCUCAAACAUGUCAUAAUUAGGGUUAGAAUAUUUCACAUACACUAUUUACUUUGCUAUCUAUCACAAUUUAAGGCAGUUAUAGUUUAUGAAGAGAGAUGUUUUAAGGCAUAAGGCAGUUCAUACAGUUACCAAGGGCUGUUUCUACACCUGUUUCCUAUGAUAAAUAAAUAUUCAUAUAUAAAUGAUAUUCUGUUGUUCGGACAAAAUUCUACCCCAUGCAUAGGCACAAGUUAAAGUGCUCUUAAAAAAACUAAUAAGACACAAACAUGUGCACAUAGGUUUACAGGUGAAGUCUGAUCUAACUCCAUUGCUCCACCCCCCAAAAAACUCUUUUAAUCCCAAGUGAUGUGGAAACAUGAGCAUUUUAAUUAAACUCAUUUAAUAUUCUGUUGUCUUGUAGACGUGCACACCUUCGAGACUGUCUUGAAACGCUAAAGGACAUUGUUCCGAACCCUCCUGAUCACCAAAAGGCAACAACAUUGUCACUUUUACAAAAUGCUAGACACUACAUAAAGGUAAAGAAUUUAUCUUGUUCACCCCUUAUGAUAAAAUAUGUCCUAAAGUAAUAAUGGUGUGAAGAAGACAUUCAUGUGUAUACUUUUAUUAUAGGUAUUAGAAACUACUGACAAAAAAGCAGUAGCAACGAAGGAAAAACUACAUCAAGAGAGAGGAAGGCUUCAUAAGCAAUUGAAAACACUACGAGGUGAACUUGAAGUGAGAAUAAGGAAAAGCUCGGAAGGCGAGUCAACCUGUGAAGAUGAAAUUGACAUCGAUGACACAGAGUAUCACAGCGAGUCAGAUCGUUGCAGUACGGAUGGCAGUGGUGGUAGUGAUGGUGGCCUUUGAGCAACCAUCAAUAUUUAAAGCCUUUCCUAAGGGAUGUGUAAGCAGGCUAGUGUAUAUAAUGUACUUACUUGAAGGCAUAUUAUCAAAAUACUAUGUAUCAGAGAAGUCGAACUGUACAGGUCUAUUGUACAGAAAUGAAGUGGAUGAGAAUUUUAUAAUGACACACUCUCAAAUUGUAUAUGAAAUAUCGAUCUAAUUGUGGCAGAACAUCAAAAGUUAUAUUGCUAUUACUUCACAAACUGACUACACCUACAUAAGAGUAUAAUUAUUCUAAUUUAUUGAAACCCAUCCACUUCACAGCUUCUAAAUCAUACAAAAUAGGUGUAGUCAGGAAAAGUUAUUGGCAUGGUUGCUACACAAAUUUUUGGAUGGGUAAGCCACAGUUCAUUGGGAUCUGUAUCGAUUAAUUUCAUCACCAAUAUAGUAUUUUCAGCAUUAAAAAAAAAACAUAUUGGUUAUAGAAUUCCACAACACUUUUUGUUUAUAAUUAAUUUUUUCCCAACUGACAACCAAUUGUAAAAAGAUGUUCACUUCUCUGGGAUAUUUUUAUGUAAAACAUAUAUCUUUGUUUUGUCCUGGGGAGCAAUCAAAGCUUUUGCUUAAUAGUCUGUUAAAUGGGCAAUGUCAUACUUUCAAGCUUCAACUAUUAUUUUCAGGCUUUUGCAAGGUUCGGAAAGGCAAAAAGCCAAAGAGUCAUCUAGAGAAUUUCCACCUUGGCACCCUCAAAAUUUAUCAAGUUUCAUACGCCCCUGGCAAAAAGUGUAACAUUGCCCCUUUAACUUAGUGUAAAUAUAAUUAUAUAGAAUACUUAGAAAAUUCGUUCUAAAUUAGCAUACAGGCAUUCUCACAAAAUAUAUAACUUGUAAAUAAAAUUGUUAAUAUUAAUACAAUAUCUUUAAUGCUUCCUAUUUUCGAGUGUGCAAACAAGUUGUGUUUUCAUUAAAAUAUGUUGCAAUUAUUUUUCAAAAACACAAUGAACCCCCUGACUCUCGACCUUGUUUGAAUUUUGGAGAACAUACUCUUGUUUUUUAAACUGAAGAUGGAAUACAGCUGUUGUUAUUUUGUUUAUAUCAAGAAAGCAUCAAAGUUUUAAAAACAACAGAUCAAGUGUCACUACUGGGCAUUGAAUGUUUUCACUUUUGGGGGCAUUGAAUGAAAUUCUAUGGUAAAUUCUUUUGGCGCUUUCCAAAAAAACAUAUUUUUUAACUGCUUUUACAAGUUUCUCUGAACACAAUUUGUUUGCACUUCUCUAGUAGUUGCAUCGAGCCUGUUCAUAAAACAGGCAAAAUUUAUUUAUUGUCAAAUAUAUUUCAAAAUUUGGAACUGGAAGAUGUAAUUAGUUGAAUCAAUGUAAAGAUACUUGGCAUAUUUAGUUAACUAUAAAAAUAUGUUAAAAUGUUUUAAAAACAUCUACCGUAUAAUUUUUAUGCAUUUUGUAUGACAUGUAUAAUGUAGUGGGUUGAAUUGUAAUAGUGCAAGAAA